AUGAUGGCGGCCAUACUGACCAAAAGAGCUAGCAUACCUGAAGAGUGCAAGAUGAGCGAGCAUGCUAAGGAUUUCGUCCUGAAAAUUCUGGAACCAGACGUAGCAAAGAGGCCAACGCCAUUGAUUGCAUUGCAGCAUCCAUGGUUCUCUGCGACCGAAGAAGUGGAAAUAUCACCAGCGGUGCUAGAAGCGGCAGGGGUAGUAUCUUGUUAUGCCUGUCUCACUCCUUUAAUCCUGUGCUACUUGUUCAACUUUGCAGCAUACUGAUAUUGAUAGUGUGUCGUUUUUUCAGCAUGAUGGAAACGCACAGACUCGUAGAUUACUUAUCAUGUUUACUCAACUUCUCCCCGACAGGUAGAGUCCUCCAAACGAGAAGUUGCGUCCGACAUUGAGGCCGAGCGUGACGAAAACUUCAACGAGCAGAUGCAAAACAGACGGACAUCACGUAUGUCUGUGGUGGGUCGUCUUAGCAUCCGUCAAUCGGUAUCAACCCAGCCAGGAGGUGGUUUGGGAAGGGCGAGCGUGAGUAGUACUAAAGCAGGUCUGAAUCCGCUAUUUGGCGACAAUAUGGCAGAAUCCGGUAGAAGAAGCGUCGGGAGUCGAGUGGCAGAAAGUUUUGCGGUAAGACGGAGCUUCUUGAAGGGACCCCCCGAGCAACCAGCAGCACCACCAGCAAUAGUACUCCAGCUUUUCUGUCUGCUAGACACGCAUCUAGCCGAGAAAAGAAGACAGAUGGAUAGACAUCUCACUACUUUCUCUCCAAACUGUUUGCCUAUCUUGCAAAGACCUACCUGCUACUUACCUCCCCACAGCGCAAAUCGAAGUUCCACGAUACGGCGUUGAAUUAUGCGGCGAUGCAGUUUAGGAAAUCGAAUUCUAUAGCCAUGUGCGGAGACGUGGUCCAAAAUUUUGCGAACGGACUAGACGCAACAACUGCCACGCUGCUAACAUCAUCGGAUGGGAAAGGUACUAUUAUCUCUUGUGAAAUUCACUGGCUCAUUUGGUUCUUUGCUAUCGUGAAAUAUAGUUUCUCUUCCUCCAUUAUCGCAAUGGCGUGCGAAACAACACAAAGGCUCACCCUUGCGUGGCAGAGCAGUUUCUGUGAAUAAUGCGAUGUUGCCAUCAGCACUGAAUGAAGCGAGUAGGCGGAAAUUGCCGAACAUAGAAAUGCUUCAAUUCUCACCUGAGAGGGCCAACAAUCUGCAUGAGAAGUACGAAAAAGGCGACAGGGAAUGGACCUCGUCCGGUGGGGAUAAGAACAAUAAGGGCACAUCAUAG